UUUGCAUUUAAAAUGUUAGAAAAAUACACAACAAAUUAUGUAGGCGUGAUUUUUAUAAUACCAAUUUUGGAGGGCCUCUUAUAAAAAUUUGAUUUUAGGCCACUAAUUCGACAUUUGCUAUGAUACAUUCACGUUUUACUCGAUUAUCUUUUCUGUAUCUGCCGGUGUAUAAGCCGGUAUAUAUAAGAAUCCGACGUUCAACUUUUAGAUGCUUUACCCAAAUUGAUACAAAUGCAUUUCAGUUGUUCGAUGAAUUGCCUAAACGAGAUGUAGCAUCGGCUACAUCUUUGAUUAGCCGUUUUGCUCAAUUGAAUCAACACAAGAAAGCAAUGACUAUCUUCUCAAGAAUGUUUGAGCUGAAUAUCAGACCGAAUGAGUUCACAUUUGGUGUUGUAAUUCACUCAUCUGUUGUUCUCAAUGACCCAAAUUUAGGAAAGCAAUUUCAUGUUGUUUCAAUGAAAAUUGGUCUUAACUCGAAUGUUUAUGUGGGUAGUGCGCUUUUGGAUCUUUAUGUAAAGGUAAGCAGCAUUGAAGAAGCUCUGGUUGUUUUUGAGGAUACCCAUGAACCAAAUGUGGUUACUUACACAACUUUAUUAUGUGGGUAUCUUAAAGAACAGAGAUUUGAUGAAGCAAUGGAAAUUUUUCGGAUAAUCCCGGAGAGAAAUGUUGUUUCUUGGAAUGCUAUGAUUAGUGGGUAUAGCAAGAAAGGAUGUAACGAAGAGGCUGUUAAUCUUUUUAUUGAGAUGUUGAGACGAGGUUACAUACCUGAUCAAUCGACGUUCCCUUGUUUGUUAAGUGCAGCUGCAAAUAUGGCAGCAUUGGGUAAGGGCAAAAGUUUCCAUGCUUGUGCUGUGAAGUAUUUGGGUGAGGUUGGUGUGUUUGUAGGCAAUUCCCUUGUUAGCUUUUAUGCAAAAUGUGGGAGUUUAGAGGAUUGUCUUCGCGUUUUCGAUAGACUUCCUGAAAGAAAUGUUGUGACUUGGAAUGCUCUAAUAUGUGCUCAUGCUCAAAAUGGGAGAGGGGAUGCAGCGAUUGAAUUGUUUAAGAGAAUGGAAUAUAUGGGAAUUAAGCCAAAUAGUGUUACUCUUCUUGGUUUGCUACUGGCAUGUAGUCAUGUUGGUCUUGUUGAUAAGGCUUAUUCAUAUUUUGAGCAGGCAAGAACUCGGGAUGUUAAUCUGCUGAAAUCUGAGCACUAUGCAUGUAUGGUUGAUCUGCUAUCGCGUUCAGGGAAGUUUCAACAAGCUGAGAAAUUUAUUCAUGAUUUGCCUUUUGAUCCAGGUAUAGGAUUUUGGAAGGCAUUGUUAGGAGGCUGUCAGAUUCACUCAAACACGAAGCUAGGGGAAUAUGCUGCUGAAAAGGUAUUGGCUUUAGAGCCCGGAGAUGUUUCAUCAUAUGUGAUGCUCUCGAAUGCACAUUCUGCUGCUGGAAGAUGGCAGAGUGUGUCCAUCGUAAGGAAUGAAAUGAGGGGAAAAGGGUUGAAGACGGUCCCUGGAUGUAGUUGGGUUGAAAUCAAAUGCAAAAUUCAUGUAUUUGUUACUGGAGACAAGAGACAUGCCAACAAGCCUGAGAUUUAUGAACUUCUUGGGUACUUCCUCAAGCACGCAAUGAAGAGCCAAGAAACUGAUUUUCUUCGAGAAUUUUGAUGCACAACUCCACACUUCAAUGUCCAGCAGACACAACACAAAAGGUCCCGUCCACUUUGUAAAUCUUGAUGUACUACAACAUAGGUAUCAAAUAUCAAUGAACUGUAAAGAUGCAUUUGAAGCUGUACUAAGUCAAGUUUCUUGAGAUUGUGAGGUAAGUUGAACAGUUAACGGGGGAGAAAGAGGUAUUAAGGUUUUGUUAAAUCCAUAUGGUUGGUUACUUCUCAGCUUUGCUAUCUAUAAAGAAUGGUUUGGUUGAUAAUAUGAAGUACCUGAAAGAUUGGGAGAAGGGCUAUCCAUGUACAUCUAAUUGGACUGGAGUUAAUUGUUUCAACAAAGCUGGAGCCAAUGGCUACUUACAUGUCAAGGAACUGUAUGUUAUUAUAUUCUUCUUCUUUAUACCUGGAAUUGCUGCACUUGAGCAGAGGGUCUUUCGGAAACAACCUAUCUACCUCCACGAGGUAGUGGUAAGACCUGCAUAUACUCUAUCCUCUCCAAACCCCAAUUGUGGGAUUUCACUGAGUAUGUUGUUGUUGCUGUAAUUAGGUAGAUCCAAAGCCAAUUUACUCUAGCAAAGUAUGGUUUGGAGUUUGAAAAACCCGAACCAUCCUUGCCUAUGUACACCUCUACUUUGGGCCACAAAAAAUACCCUUGAUGUUAGAAAAUCCUUGUAUCUUUAAUCGAGUUCCAGUGCGGUGGAUUUCACGUGUAAGAAUAUAUCAGGAACAAGGUCUAAAUUUACCCCUCUGCUUUUGGUUGUGGCAAAUAAAUUACCUUUCGUUAUGUUUCAAGUUGGAGCUCCUCUAUAGCAUUAACAGCAAAAAAGGAGACUUGGUUCUUUCGAUAUCUGCACAACACUCCUUCAAUCCAGUUAGUACAUAACUAGUAUCUCCAAGGGACCUGGUUCUUUUGUAGUUGUUUGUUGAUCAUCAAAACCAAUCCAGUUAGUAGCAUAAGUAGUAUCUCAACAGUUUGCUAACGAUAAGGGCAUGAAUAACUAAGUUACCUCAUAAAUUAGAGUAAUUAAAUGACUAUCUUGUAUUCUUGUGUGAGUGCAAUGGCAUUAAGCAUUUCCUCCUUUGUGCAGCCGUAUGAUGGCUGUGAAUCUUUCUGGAAAUUUAACACCUUCACCCUACAUGUUUCCCCGAAUGCUUUGAACCCUGAACUAUCUCAUCGAGGAGAUCUAGAUAAUCAUUUGGCUAUGAUGGAGAUAUACUUUAUGUUGGAUGUAGACAGCUCCACUGAGAAGCGGAUGGGUUGAAAUUUAUGAUGAAGUUCUGAAUUUUCUUAUGCAGACAACUUGAUAACAACAAUUUCAGCCAUUCCGAGAUUCCAGCUUCUUAUGGAAACAUGUCAUCACUAGUGAAACUGUAACUCUGUUUUGUUCUUUUCUUAUCCUCUAUGACUCAGCAUUAUAAGGUUGUAAAUAAUUUGUACAAACAUAAGCAUAUAUCCUACUCAAAUGGAGUUGUAGUAAUGCUUCUGAUUAUAUUGUAGAAGUCUGAGAAAUUGAACAUUGCGAGGAACCAUAACUGAUCAUAGUAGGGUGCAAAGUCUACACAAUCCGUAAGUUCAAGUUUUGAAAUACUCUCUCACAUUCCAACCUUUCGGAUACAAUGAUAACUCUGUUUUUUUCUCUUUCAAGAUUUGGUGAUCAAUGGAACUAAGAAUGCAUAAAUACCUAUAUGAUCUCCAUUGCAAACAACUUACUACUAUCUAAUUAAUCAUGAGGCAAAUCAAAUACGCCAAGUACUAACUAGGAGCAUAAGGUUGAAUUCUCUUAUAACAAAAAUAUGGAACAAAACACGUCUCUGGAAAGCAAAAUUCAAAAUUCAAAACACAAGGCACUUCCAUUAAAGUGUUUCAUGAAAUUCUAAAUUCUCAUCAAAAUUCUAAACA